AUGCCCACAAUCUAUCGCAACGCAAAGUAUCCUUCGGUCGAAUGGCCGAAGCUUGACUUGCUGACGCUCCUUUUCGAUUCAGAACACACUCUCGCUCAAGACGACGCAAUACUACAUAUCUCCGCAGAGAACCCCAAGCGGACUCUGACCAAAAGGGCCCUCAGGAGCUUGACGCAACGAAUUGCGCAUACCCUGAGGACGAAAUAUGGUGUAGGCUCGAGCGGGCCGGGCAAUGAUGUCGUUACGGUCAUGAGCCAUGGUCAGCCGGCCCUAGCAGCGGCGUUUCUGGGUGUUAUUGCGGCGGGGGGUGUCUAUUCCGCCGCCAGUCCGUCCUUGAGCGCCGACGAGCUCUCGCAUCAAGUACGGGUUGGGGACACAAAGCUGAUCAUCUGCAGCCAGGAGGUAAAGGAGGUUGCGUGCCAGACGGCCAGGUCCAACAGUCUGCCUCUGGAGAAUGUCCUGGUGCUCGAAUCAGACCCACUUUGGAGUCUGAAAAGGGUCACGGACGGCAUCGAGCUGUUGACGGAACAUCAGCUGGUGUGGGAGACGAUUACAGACCCAGCUCGACUGAAAGAGAGUCUCAUCGUCAUCGUGUGGUCGUCCGGCACCACCGGCGUACCGAAAGGCGUCAUGCUGUCACACCAGAACCUCGUGUCGCACACCUACAUCCAGCACUAUCAAGGGCGCGAGCUCGCGGCCAAGCAGGUUGCAGAAGGCACUUACGAACCCUGGGAGUUCCGAAUCCUCGCGCACCUCCCGGCCAGCCACAUCUCCGGCCUCUUCGGCUAUCUCAUCUCCGCCCACUACGGCGGCGGCGUUGUGGUCUGGAUGCGGAAGUACCAAUGGGACCUGUUCCUGGCGUACACCAAGCGAUUCCGGAUAACGUACAUGUUCACGGUGCCGAGCAUCUACCUCCGAAUCGCCAAGUCUCCUGAUGUCACGGAUCAAUUUGCCUCUCUGAGGACCGCCGCCACGGGCAGUGCGCCCAUGGACAGUAACCUCCAGGCGUCAGCGAGCACAAAAUUGAGACUUGCGAACGACUGGCUCGUGGGGCCGACUUGGGGACUCACCGAGACGACGGGGGGAGUGACGAUGACUCAAAGCUAUCAGAACGAUGAGAUUGGUAGUCUGGGCCCUCUCCUCCCGUGUCUAGAGCUGCGCUUGGUCGAUGACAACUUUGUCGACGUAAAGGAUGGAGAGCCAGGCGAGCUGCUCGUGCGCGGACCGACCGUCAUGAACGGCUACUUUAACAACCCCGAGGCCACCAAAGAAGCGUUUCACGAGCACUGGCUGCGCACGGGCGACAUUGCCAUCCGCCGGGCCGGCCACUUCUACAUCGUCGACAGGAAGAAGGAGCUCCUGAAGUACAAGGGCCUCCAGAUCGCGCCCGCCGAGCUGGAACACCUCCUGAUUCAGCAUCCGGCGGUGCACGAGGCCGCGGUGAUCGGGGUCCCUUCGCCAGACGACCCGAGCUCGGAUCUACCCCGGGCGUACGUUGUGGCGGGAUCCUCUGACGUUACCGAGCAAGAGAUCCAACGGUACGUCAAGGAGAGGCUGGCUGCGCACAAACAGCUCAGGGGAGGGGUGGUGUUCGUGGACGAGAUUCCCAAGAAUGCAUCCGGCAAGGUACUGCGGCGGGAAUUGAGGGAUCGGGCCCGGAGAGAGCUGGGUCAGGGACGGGCGAAGCUAUAGGAAGAAAACGCGCAACGCAUAAAGCCUAUGCCGUUGUUCUAUGAAGUCAAUCCUGAAGGGUC